AUGUACAGAAAAUCUGGAAGAAGAUCUUCCAGAGCGAAAAUCAAAAAUUGUAAAGGCAACAAAAGAGUGACACCAUUGGAUGCAACAGAAUUAAAAAAAGCUGAAAAGGCAAUCCUGCGAUGGGUACAACGAGAAGCUUUCCCAGAGGAAUUCCGCUGUUUGUCAGAAGAUAGACCACUUCCGCGAAAGAGUCCAUUGCAGUCAUUAGCUGUUUUUAUGGAUGAAGAGGGUCUGAUCCGAGUAGGAGAUAGACUGCGACAUGCCGAAAUCAGUUUAGAGCAGAAGAAUCCUAUUAUCAUACCGGCGAAACAUUCUGUAACAAAUAGCAUUUUGCGUGACAGACAUGAAAAGUUACUUCACUGUCCACCAGAACAAUUGCUGCAUGAUAUUAAGCAGCGAUAUUGGCCAAUCAGCGGAAGAAGAGAAGCUCGAAAAAUCAUUCGAAGAUGUAUUAAAUGUUGCCGUUUCAACCCAGCUAUGAUGAAAGUGAAAAUGGGUGACCUUCCAACUGCACGAGUGGAUGGAUAUAAUCAUCCUUUUACCACAACUGGCGUGGACUACGCGGGUCCUAUUCAAAUAAGAGAAAGUAGAUGA